UUCGCUUUUGGCUUUUGUGGAAAGAAAAUUGUGGUUUUCUCAAUUUGUUUGUAAUUUGUGUUUUCAUAAUUUUAUGUAUAAAAAUUCUAUCAUUUACAUUUUAAUAAAUUAAUGUAAACGUUACAACGCACUAUAAAUAUGCCAUUAACCGCUCGUCAAAGAAGUAUACACAAUAAAAACGGCGCUAAAAGGAGUGCAAGUUUCACUAAAGGGAAGCGAAAAGCUAGUGAAGGGGAAUUCCUAGUAACAAAUGCCCCAUCAGACCUCCGAAGCAUUACAUACCCUGGUGGAGCUAUAGCCCUGACGUUAUUAGUGGCCGCUCGUCUUUUAUCAGCUUACUACGGACACAUAUCUGAUUGUGACGAAACAUAUAAUUACUGGGAGCCUUUGCAUUAUUUAGUGUACGGCAAUGGUCUACAAACAUGGGAAUACAGUCCAGCGUAUGCUAUCCGCUCAUACAUGCCGCUGUGGCUGUUCGCAGUACCGGCCAAGAUCCUGUCCUUUGUCAUGACUCCUGUAUCGGUGUUCUACGUCCUGAGAGGAUUGUUAGCAGUUCUGACUGCCUGUUCGGAACUUAUGUUCUAUAAGGCCGUUUGCCACGAGUUCGGCGUGCACGUGGGCCGCGUGUGGUUGUGCCUCACGCUUCCGGCAGCCGGCUGCUUCGCGUCGAGCGCCGCUAUGUUACCAUCAGCGUGGAGUAGCGCGCUGUGUUCCGGCGCGCUAGCGUGCUGGUGGCGCCGGCGUUACCCGCAGGCGAUUCUGCUCACCGCGGCUACCACUUUACUCAGCUGGCCAUUUACAGCUAUAAUUGGUCUACCCAUAGCCAUAGACAUGGUGAUUAUCAAGAGACAAUUCGUGGACUUCUUCAAGUGGUCUAUAUUGUCUCUGCUCCUCAUUUUAAUACCGACUAUUGCCGUGGACUCCUGGCAUUAUGGAAAGUUGACCGUCGCCCCGUGGAAUAUAGUAGCUUAUAAUGUGCUGACUGAGCAUGGACCAGAUUUGUACGGCGUCGAACCCUGGACUUUCUACUUUGUGAACGGGUUCCUCAACUUCAAUAUUGUUUGGGUGCUGGCUCUGUCGUGUCCGCUUCUCCUAUUGGCGUGCACGGCGAUCACGUCGCGGUCGACUGCAAGGGCGUCGUUCUGCGCCCCCUAUUGGCUGGAUUUGAUGCCGCUAGCGCUGUGGUUGGCUGUGUUCAUGAUACAGCCGCAUAAGGAGGAAAGGUUUCUCUAUCCAGUGUACAGUAUGAUAGUGCUGGCCGGCGCCAUAUCACUUGACUGCCUCCAGAAAAUGACCUUCGCGGUGGGCACGGAACUGUUCCGGUGGAGGAAAGAGAGGGAGCGAAGGCACUAUCUCGCUUACACCGGCCCAUUGAUGGUCAUGUGUGUCAUUUUGGCUGGGGUUUUAGGUAUAUCCCGCACAAUGUCGCUAUACAACAAUUACCACGGUCCGAUGCUUUUACUCCGCUCGCUGCCACCAUCUGGCGGGAAACUCUGCUUCGGCAAGGAAUGGUAUCGCUCCCCGUCGCAGUUCCACUCCACACAGCACGUGCGGUUCAUUGACAGCGAAUUCUCAGGACAAUUGCCUGCUCCUUAUAGAAAUACUUCCAAUGCCACACGGCUCAUCCACCCGUAUUUCAACGACCAAAACGUAGGCGACAAUCGAACCUACGUCCUACCAUCUCAGUGCCACUUCCUCGUCGACUCGGACAUCGGUACCCCCACCGCCAGACAACCACACUACCACAAAGACGGUGGUACUUGGGAAAUCGUAGCUUCGGUACCUAUUUUGGAUGCGGAAAAAUCACAUAGAAUUUUUAGGGCGUUCUAUAUACCCGUGUUGUCUAGUAAAAAUAAAUUUGGCAACCUCUAUUUGUUGAAGAAUAAGUUGCUGUGAACGUUUGAUUGAAUGUUAUGUCUUCCUAUCCCUCGGGACGGGCGUGAUUUUUAUGUAUGUAUCAUGUGUAUAUUAUGUACAAAAGGUGACAUAUUUUGAGUUUAUUUUUGUAACAGGAAUCUUCCUUUUUUAAUGCCUUGUGGUUUCCGAUACUACAAGAAAAAAUAAUAGAAGUACCACUUCAUCUCUUUCUCAUGCAUGUCGUAAAAGGCGACUAAGGGAAAGGCUUUUAAAUUUUGUAUUCUUUUUGUAGGCGAUGGACUAGCAUAGCUAACUGUCACUACUUGAAUCUCAAUUCUGUUAUAAAGCCAAACAGCCGAACGUGGCCUAUCAGUCUCUUCAAGACCGUUGGCUCUGUCUACCCCGCAAGGGAUAUAGAUGUGACUACAUGUAUGUAUGUACUUUUUCUUGGAUACAAAGCAACCUUUGUCUUUCUUAGUACAAUUUAAGUAUAUAUAUAUAAUAUAUAUAUAUAUACGGGACAAAUAUAUAUAUAUAUACGGGACAAAUUACACAGAUUGAGUUAGCCUCGAAGUAAGUUCGAGACUUGUGUUACGAGAUACUAACUCAACGAUACUAUAUUUUAAAAUAAAUACUUAUAUAGAUAAACAUCCAAAACCCAGGCCAAUUAGAAAAAGUUCGUUUCUCAUCAUGCCCUGGCCGGGAUUCGAACCCGGAACCCCCGGUGUCACAGACAAGCGUACUACCGCUGCGCCACAGAGGCCGUAGUAUAAGUAUGUGCGGAAUUUAAAUAAUUCCUUGGUGCAAUAAUUUUAAGAUAUAUAUACAUAGGUAAAUAAUGAAAGUUGGAACCUUUUCGACAUUGAGUUUAGCUAAAUCCAAAGCUUGUGUAGAUUUUAUACUUACUAAAAUGUUAAUAACUGUAGGAAGUAUAGUUGCAAAGUUAGUUAUUCCUACAGAAGAUAGAAGGAGAUAAGAGGAGAGAAAUAAUCAGUUUAAAAUUAACUAGAUAUAUUAUUGAACAUAAAAUAAAAAUAUUUGACAAUAAAUACCACCUCUGACAUUAUUUUGUAACUCACAAAACCAUGGCAACCGUUGCUAUGGCUUAUACAAAGAAGGUUGCCUACAAUAACCAUCGUUAAUUUUAAUAGUGUAAGUAAAUUUAAUGAUGGUUAUUUUUUUGAAUUAUAAAAUUAUUUUAACAGUGAAAAUAAAUUAUUUUUACGUUAUAAAAUUUUUACAAAUAAAAUAUUUAAAUAAUUAUUCCUUAGAUACAAGCAGUUGUUGCGUUGAUAAAUCAUGUAAUAAAAGAUGUUUAUGUAUAUUUGUUCAGUCGAUAACUGUUUUCAUUAGAAACUUUUAUAAAACUUAACAAGAGCAAUUAGUUACCAUUUGUGUCAUACAAAUUUUAAGAGUACGUUAUAUACCUACAGUGCUCGACAAGUAAGUUUAUAGGACUACGGUUAUUUUCUUUAAUUAUUCUGAGGUAUACAUACAACUGAACGUGCCUUUUCCAGAUGGCUCUGUUUAACCCGUCAGGGAUAGAGACGUGAUUAUAUUAUUGUACGUAUACUUAAGUAUAUACGUAUAUUUUUAUUUAUUUAUUAUUAUCUCUUUUACGCACGGCACGCGCCCCAUUUCAACGCGUAUUUACCCUUCCCUUGAUCGGACUUUGCACAAUUGAUAGGUAAAGGCACGUAAAAUCCUAUGUAAUUUACAUAUGAUAUAUUGCAACGCGAAUGUUUAGAAGUAAUAUCACAUUUUUCUAAUUUUAUACAGACAAAUUAAUAAUUACACGUAUGUAUAUGAUAAGUUUUGCAAUUGAGCUAGUCAGUGUUGUCAAAAAUAAUAAGGUUUAGGCGAUAAGUAGUGUAAAUAGUACGUAUAUAUUCUUACUUUUGUUCUGAUUUGACCUUGACAGGGUCUUUAUGUUUUUUUUUAAUAAAAAAUAAUAGUUAAUGCGUAAGUAAAUAAUAAUAAUGUUUGCAUUUUUAUAAAUUGUCUCUUCGAUAUCAUAAUAUUGAUAAUUUUGAAACAAUUGUACAAUUAGCAGCACAUCAACCUACCCAAAUAGCGAGUAAUUUCAUAUGCUGUUGAUUGUACAUAAAACUUGGUCGAAUUUAUUCUGCAAAUAGCUACAAUUCAAUCCGCUUCUGCUAUCUCGCUCACACUUGUACAUUAUGUAAUACAGUAAAGUGAGAAAGGUUAUGUGACGUCACAAUUUGGCAGUUAAUUUGACUGAGUUGUACACGAACCGACAUUUUAUUGUAUAACGAAUUAUUUUUAAUUUAUUUAUUUUAAUAAAAAUUGUUUUUACUUGG